GGUGCCACUAACUCUCGGCUCGUAUCGGAAUCCCACAGGUAACAGCAUGUGUCUUUGCUGCCCCCUGUGGGCCAGAGAUGGAGGUGCCUGCAAGAUCAGCUCAGCCCCGCGGUCCCAUGGAAAAAAAGUCCUGCUUGCCACUGAGCAAGGAAUCGCCCACUGUGGAACGUUCCUCUGCUCUCAGUGACCCGGUCUUUGCAAGUGAGUGGAUGAAAAAUACCAGCAAGCCACACUAUUGCCAGGGCAGUUCGAAAACAGCCCUGUUGCAUGACCACGAUACAUACUGUCUACCUGAGGAACCAGGAGCAUUGAAGAACCUUGUAACAGACCUCAAGGACAUGGUGCACCACCAGACCGAGCUGCUCCUUAGCCUCCGAGAAACCAGCCAGAAAGACCAUCAGGAACGACAGGAAAAAGCAGAUGAUGGGAAUGGUACUCUCUUCUCAGAUCUCGGCCAGCGCAUCUCACAGCUUGAGGCAGAGAACCACGACUUGCGUUGCGAGCGGAACCAGCUGGAGUCCACAAGACAGCGUUUACGGCAAGAGCUGGAUGCCAGUGGCGCCACCGUCCUUUCAAUGAGCAGGCAGCUGAGAGGGCAGCACAAAGCUUUAGCGCAUCAUGGGGCUUUUUCCCUUGAGACCAUCAAAAAUAACCCCAAGUGGUUGAGGUUCUACACAGGCUUUGAUGGGUACCCCCGGCUCAUGGCCUUUCUGGACUUCCUCCUCGAUGGCAAAGGCGGGGAAGAGGGGAGCCUAGACAGUGGCCUCCACAGUGCCCUAAGCCUUGAGAACCAGCUUUUCUUGGUCCUUGUCCGGUUGCGCCUUGGGUUACUUCUUCAAGACCUGGCCUUCCGCUUUCACAUUUCUGAAUCGACAGCCUCCCGCUACUGGCUUAGCUGGACUGAGAUCAUGGAGCAGCGCUUGAGACAGAUUCCAGUCACCUGCAGUCGGCGCUACAUAGAUGCCUUCAAGCCACAACGGCUACUCAGACUUCACAACGUGUCACUGGUUGCUCUGGAUUGUGCAGAGCUUUUUUUUGAAGCCCAGAGACGGACACGAGGCAAAAGAGAUGCCCAGUGGGGUCCCCGCUCCCACUACUCAGUUCACGCCUAUGCUCUGGCUGCCCCCAGUGGCUUUCUCACCUUUGGUGCAGGAACUGGGGGGGAGGAGCUGCCUACACUGCCUCCCUUCCUCCAAGAAGGACCAGUGGACCUGACAGCCCAGCAGGAGGCAGCCAAGAGGCAGGUGCUGAGUUUACGCAGCCUGAGAGACAAGGCGUUCAGCUUCCGCUUCUUGCGUGUUGUCCACCCCCAGAACAUGGAAAGCCAAGUGAGCACGGCAUGGGUCAUUUCUUGCUACCUGGCUUGCCUACUGCAUGAGCCCAUGGGGCUGGCCUAGGGCCAGGUCUCCAUGCUCUCUGGUUUUCUUUAAGCUUUAUAAGUAUUUUUAUCAAGUGUUACUCCAGUGCAAUUUCCCACCUGGACCUAUUUGGUAGGCUGGGAUGCCUACCUUGGAACUGUGUAGGUCAGAGGGGCUUCUCUCCUAGCAGUCUGCUGGUAUCUGAGUUGGGCACCAACCUGCUUGCUGACUCUGCAUGGAACUCCCAUGCGUUUAUGUACAGUAUAUACAGUUUCUGACUGCCUAUGCUCAUGUCUGAUAUAUUAUUGGUUCCAGAUUAUGCUCAUCAUCCACCUCUCGAGUAAGUGUCUUAAUUUGCCAGCUUUAUGAUUCUUAGCCCCUUCUUUUUGUUCAACACCACCCAUUGAUAUUUAGCUCCAAAUUCUAUUAACCAGACAUUUCCUUGUGCCCAUACAAUUGCUUGUCUUUAGAAAGAUGUUCCUGUCUUCCUAAGUUAAGG